AUGCCCGCCACGGAGCUGCAGGUCGUCAACUUGGGCAGCGCCGAGCAGCCCAAUGUUUUCUUUGGCACACAGGGUGGCAUUGAGUCUUGGCGGGCCCUGACAGGACCACAUCUUACCUACCUAGGUAACCCCAAGGAAGCGGAAGGUGGUGUUGUUACCCUCUGUAUCGCAGUCGCUACACUGAGCAACGACAUGGGCACUGUUACCAGGCAGCCUGCCAAUAAGAUGCGCGCGAGGAAGGCAAUGGUCCAGAAGGCGACCAAUCGCCCAAGGCAAGCCGCUGUGGAUGCUUGCCUCAGAAGGGUAGAGGGCCUGUGCCAGACAAGCGGCAUCGACUGUGUUAUCGUCCGGGUCUUUGAUGCCGCAGAGGACAAGAGCGCGUGCAAGCGAGUUCUUCGAGAGAGGGACGGUUGGCGUAACUUGCCAUUCCGAGUCGCGUACUAUCUUGACAUCGAACCUUCUCCCUGGACCGGUCAGCAUCUCGACGCAACUACCUCGCCCCAGUGCUUCGCGGAUGCCCUGGACAUGGCCCGCCGACUCAACGGUGCACCAACAGACAUGCCAGAUGCAAUGAAGUCUCGACUUCAGAACCUGUUUAACAUCUAUGUUGACCAAUGCAUUGACCACAUAUACCAGUCUGCACUGCUGGUUGCUGUGACGCCGUAUGCUGCGUUGGGAAAGGUGGUCAAGUGGUUCACCCGCAAUCGGGCGUCCGUGCUUGCUGUGGACGAGGCACACGUGAUGCAGUGCGUGUUCAACCAGUCCACGUUCCUCUUCGCCUUCGAUCCCCGGCAGCUCCCAGCCUUUAGUGCAUCUAAAACCUCGCCAAUGGUGCCAAGGGUUAACACGUACGAGAACCAGACCAUCUCCUCCCUGGCCGAGCGCCUGUUCACUCUCGAGUGGCCUAUCAUCUCAAUGGACCAGCAGUUCCGGGUGCUGCCUGGCCUCUUUGACCCUGCACGCGAGGCCUUUUACGCACAGCGUAACAUCGUGGACAUCAGGGACCCUGGUGCCGAUACUUCUGUCACUGCUGUUGUCGAGUCGUGGUUGGGGAAGAGAGGCGGCUCGCCGCCACCUUCUGGGAAGUUCUGGCCCGCCUUCUUAAACAUCACUGGCACCAGAUGUGAGAAGGUGACGGACUCCAAGUCUUCCAUCAACCCGGAGAUGUGGGAACAGUUCUUCUCGGUGCUGUGGUACGACUUGCUGAGGCCUAAUGCAGAGUUUCGUAUCGAGUGGAACAGGCUCUGCAUCAUCACGCCGUACCGAGCCACGACGAACUAUAUCAAGGACUACCUCCGCCGUCGAGGUCUCGAGCUCACCACAUCCACUGUCGAUCUAUGGAAGGAGCCAUCACCGAUCGCGCAUCCGAGCCAGGCUGGCUAUGUAGCCGAGGCCAUUCGGGCUCUGGUCCUCACCGAGGACUCUGUUGCGCCAGACAGAGAGGAACCGACAGUGCGGCUACAUAAUCCCAUGAAGCUGGAUUGUGCCACGAUCGACUCGUACCAGGGACAAGAGAAGGACCUCGUGUUCUUCUUCAGCACAGUUUCCGCCUUGUCUGGGCCCAAGUUCGUGGCCAACGCCAACCGACUUUGUGUUGCGUUUACAAGGAUGAGGCAGGCACUAAUUGUGGUGGGAGACCCCGGUACUCGUACUCGUAAUAAAAAGGAUAUUGCGGAAUAUGGCCAGCACCUCGAUACUCGGGCGUUUAAUGGCCUUUGGGGUUAG